AUGAGGAAGUCCGCGCAACUGGCCAGGCUACUUGGGAAGGACUACUCAACCACCCACAUCCAAACAACCGACCUCAUCCAGCUCUACCAAUCCCAACUGACGAUCGGACACCUCAAGGCAGACGAGCACCAGACCCGAGCAAUCUACCAACUGCAACCCAUCCACCAAGCUCUGAAAGAGUACACCCCUCAUCCGAGACUGCUGGGCCUGUUCGACCAAGCCCUGCUCUCUCCCUCAACAGCCUCCACUGCCAGUCAAGCCAACGAACCAUCACUCUCAUCUUCGCGCGAUGGAUAUUCAUCGACUGCUCUGAUCGAAAUUAUUAAUAAAACCCAACACACUGCCGAUCGAGAUGCCCCUCCUGGAUUUCUCUUGACUGGACCACCUGGUACUGGUAAAACUCUACUCAUGGACUUGUUUUUUGAUAGCCUUCCGAUCCACCAGAAGUUCAGAAGACAUUAUCAUCACUUUCUGCUAUCUUUGUAUUCAUUGGUUUCUAAGCGUCUAGAACAGUCUAGGUUAUCUGUUGAAGACGCGUCGGAAAUUUUGAGCUUGAAGCAUCAACCAAGCGGAUAUCUGCCACCCAAACAAGAUCGUGCCCGAAACAAGGCUUUAUCUCAAGGCUGGAGAAGCAUCUUCGCCGGUGGUAAGGAUCCUAGAGAUCCUACUCUCAAUGGUCCGAACUUUGUCCUAGCCCAAGUGGCACGAGACUUGAUCCUGAACCAAGGAUGGGUCCUAGCUUUUGAUGAAAUUCAGAUGGUUGAUGUUGCUGGUGCUGGCAUUCUGAGUCGUGUGUUAGAAUGGUAUUGGAGGCUAGGUGGUGUUGUGAUUGGGACCUCAAAUCGGCUUCCUGAACACAUGUACGACCAAGGAGUUCAGAAGUCGACUGUUGCUCCAUUUCUGGAUCGACUGAAAAUCAAAUCACCGGUGGUCUCUUUAGAUUCUGACGUGGAUUGGAGACUGAGUCUUUCUUUAGAAUCCGCAGAGGAGAAUAAUGCGUCGCAUUGGUACCAGAACAUCGACUCUGGAUUGUGGAAAAAUCUAGUUGAUUCCCAUUUACCAUCACCUUGCAAGACCGAUUUGGUCGUCUAUGGCCGGACAAUCAUGGUCAAUCGAUCAGAUCCUCCUUCCAAGUCUGCAGUGUUCACUUACCAGGAGCUCUGCGAAACGGCCUUGGGGCCAGCUGAUUAUUUGAAGAUUUGCUCAAGUUUUCAAACGAUCAUGCUUGAAGGCGUGCCGGUUUUUACAACCUUGAUGAAGAAUGAAGCAAGAAGAUUGAUUACGUUCAUAGAUGCAGCUUAUGAAUGUUCAAUCAAGUUAUAUGUCAAUUCAAGUACCUCGAUCGAUAAACUAUUUUUUCCCGAUGCCCAAGACCAACGUAACCAAGCGAACGCGAUCGAGUUGGAGACGUUGGCGGAUGUUGUAGAAGAGCUAUCCGAGCCGUUUCGACCAAAUGUCUCGAGCUACCAAGAGAUUAGUGGUGGUGAAGAAACAUCAUCUCGUAAGCCCCAGAAGAGUAACAAUAGGAUCGAGACAACUUCGAUCGAGCAAUUGGCGAUCUUUAGCGGCCAAGAUGAGAAAUACGCCUUCGAUCGGGCUACUUCUAGGUUGUUUGAGCUGACUAAAUCGGGGGGUAGGAGUUCUAAAGCAUGGACUCCACUUGAGUUGGACUUGACUUCCAAUCCCACAUUGCCGGCCUCAGCCAAAAACCCUCACGAUCUCAAUCAAAAGCAACCCUAUCGCGAUGGGACGUCCCCCUUGACUGUUAGCCGGCAGACCGAUGCCCAUGAUCCCAAAGACGAUGGGCACGAACCAUUCUUAAGCCGACCAAAGAUUUCUGAAGUCCACUUCUGGGGUAUCAUGCAAUGGGGCAAACGCGCCGGUCGAUGGGGACAAGGAGUCGAGAUCUUUAACACUAACAAGAAGAAACCCAAAUCCUGA